GCUGCGAGCUCGGGCAUCGCGGUGAAGGUGCCCACGCUGGCCGAGGCAGCUGACAGGAUCGCACAGGAGCUGCAGGCCAAGAGUGCGCCUGCAGCCGAUGCCGAGCAAGAGCCCGAAGACGCUGAGGACGAGGCGGGUCCCUCCAAGAAUAGGCCUGCAAGCGCCGCUCUGCAGAACAGGGACAGGGUGGCGAAGACACCAGCGGCUGCCCACGUCCCAGUCAUCUGGGAAAGGCCGCCCCCGUGCCCUCGCGUUGGGUCGCCUGCAACGCUCUUCAAAGGUGCGAAGAUCUACGUGUCCGACCCGCAAAGGUGCUUAAGGGUGAUCCGCGAUGCCACGAAGGGCGCCAGCGAGGUCAAGGUGUCAUUCUGUGGCGACAAGCCUACCAAGGCGAGGUGGUUGAUUGCGCUGCAGAAGGUUGACGAGUACAAGUAG